AUGGUGCUAGUCGGCGAUGAUGCUGUGGUUGUGACAGAUGUGGCGGUGGCUGUUGAAAAUACCGUUGCAGUGUUACUUGCCGUUGGGGUAGUAGCUGAAGUUGGAGUUGCGCUAAUCGAUGACGGUGUUAUAGUUGUCUCUUGUGCGUAUGCAGCUGAUAUUAGGCGUUGCUGCAAAAAAGUUGAAAUUUUGCAUUUUCUCUGCGUCGAUCGCCCAACAUUUUGCAGUUUGGUAGUUUUAAUCUUGUCUUAA